CAGGAAAGGUUCCAUCAGACUGUUGUGAAGAAGACAGAGGAAAUUGCAGAUGGAUAUAGUAAAGCUAUAAAAAGAUGAAUUUGAUGAACUAGUCCACUUCAGCUUUAAUCUGACACCAACUGUGGAACAUCUGAGAAUGGAAGAGAAGAGAAAGAAGAGAAGCCCAAAGGUCUCUGUAAAUCAGCAGCCUUCACUGAGUAACCCCAAGAAAUCAUCAGUGCCAGCCAGUAAGAGUGCAACAUUCUCCUCUGCUUUACCUCAGCCUCCUUCACCAAAAGUUAAAUCAAAGUUGAAAAGAACAAACAAAGACAAAGUAAAACUGCCACAGCAAACUGGAAACGUGACAAAGCCAGCUCCAAUUCAGCAUUCAUUCCUGACAGAUGUUUCUGAUGUGAGAGAGAUGGAAUGUGGCUUGUUGAAUUUACUGAAUGAUUUCCACUCUGGGAAGUUGCAGGCUUUUGGGAAAGAGUGCUCUUUUGAACAGAUGGAGCAUGUGAGAGAGAUGCAGGAAAAAAUGGCCCGUUUACAUUUCAGCCUUGACAGUCAUAUGGAAGAGCUGUCUGCAGACAAGAAAAAAAAUGCAUCCGACAGGAAUCUCGAACAGCUUCUGACAAACCUGGAAGAGCUUAGUACUUCAAUACAAAAGCUACACUUAGCAGAAAAUCAAGAACUGCCAAAAAACCAAGAGCCGAAACUACAUACUUUAUAGAAACUGUGGUUAAUGAGACUUGUGGGAAUCUUGGAUAAAGAGAAAAUGGACUGCACUCUUCAAUGAAAGCAUUCCUGUAGGGAGAAAGACAGGAUGCAUAAUACUUGGCGUGUUUACACUGCAGGUGGGAAACAGACAUUAUAUUAGCUUUUAAUAGGGAGCAUUGUUAAUUUUAUCUCCUCCUGUCAUUUCCAGAAAAGACUGGCUCUUCACUACAGCACAGUUGCAUACUGGGUUACCUACCUUAGUGGUCAUCACUCAUGUCAGCCUUGACAGUAAUUUUGAACAUCUUUUUGAUUUGAUAUUUGUUGUAACGUGUACCGAGAUAUAGUGAAGUGUUGUCUUGGCUGCUAAACAGGUAGAUCAUACCAUACAAAGUGUAUCAGAGUAGCAGAACAGAGUGCAGAAUACAGUAUUACAGCCACAGAGAAGGUGCAGAGAGAGAUCAGAAUUAACAUUUGAGAGGUCGGUUCAAAAGCCUGAUAACGGGGGAAAGACGCUGUUCUUGAAUCAGUUUGUAUGUGUGUACAAACUCUUAUAUCUUCUGCCCGUUGUAGAGAGUAUAACCAGGAUGGGAGGGAUUUUUUAUGUUGGUUGCUUUCCCGAGGCAGCAGGAAGUAUAUUACUCAACUGUAAAUUAAGUCAUCACAACUGAAUCCAAGUCACAUCUUGUUCCCACUUGACGACAUGCAGGAACAUUGGACAAUGAAUAGCAGCCUCAGUGUUGCAUGAUUUUGCCAAAGUUUAGUCUACAGGUGCUGAAGCCAAUCAAUACCAUCCCAGGUGAAAUUCGCUUUAUCUCCAUAAACAGUGGCUGGAAUUUUCAACCCCUUUUCUCUAUGGUUCAGUUAUGCACUGGAUAAAUUUGUAGAACCAUCUGUGAACUUAUUUUGUUACUGUAGCUUGGGCACAAACGUAUUGUUUGAUUGGCAUGGGAAAGACAAUUUUCUGAACAUCAGUUUUAACAAUGCAGUUAUUAUUUUUCCUGGUAUAGAGGAUUUACUUUUAAUAUCAUUGUGCUAUUCGCACAAAAACACAUUUUCUAGUUCAGGAAGUGCAUUUUGCACUCUUAGCUGCCAUUGCAACUGACUGGCCAUGAUUAGUUGAAAACAUAUUUAGAUCAAACAUUUACAUUUCUUUUUCUUAAACAGUGCGAUGUAGAUGAAAGCCUAAAAUGAUAUUUUCAAUUAAAGAAUUCAAGGUUUCUUUUAAGAUGUGGUGGGUCAGGCUUGGAGGGCCAAAGGGCCUGUUCCUGUGCUGUAUUUUUAUGUUCUAAAUUCGUAAAAAUUGUGAUUAUUUCAGUUUAACUUUUACUUCAACAGUGAAUCAACACUGUUAUCAGUCUGUUUAGGAAUGUAUUUUUUUUGCAUUACAGGUAAAUAAAGAUUAGCUUAUUCACUCAGGACAAA